UUGCGGCGCCUUGCGACAUGGAGGCCGCGAUGGCAACGGGCGCUGGGCCGGCGGGGCUUACGGCAGCCGUGCCACGGGGACAGGAGUGCGGCGCGGAGGCGGCCUGCGCGCCGAGCCCCUCGCCCGCCGCCUUCCUCGGCCUGCCCGCGCCCUUCGGAGACGAAGAUGAAGACGAUAGGCACAAAUGUGGCCGCUGCCAGGCCGAGUUCACAUCUUUAGAAGAAUUUGUGCAGCACAAAUUGCAAAAGCUUUGCCAGCGACAACAUGACGCUACAGCAACGCCAGCAGCCCCGGCAAUUUCAUCUGUGGAAGAGCCUAUAACUGUAGCGCACAUAGUGGUAGAGGCAUCUCCAAUAACAGAAGAAAUCAGUGGUGCAUCUGCAAUUGUAGGUAGCGGGCACAUCAAAGAAGUUAUUGUAGCUGGCGACCAUGUCUUUGAAGAGCCAAAUGGCCCCUUUGACGGUGAUGUUGGAGAGGAGCAGAGCACUCCCGGAGGCCCAGAGGAAGGGGCUUCUAUGGAGCUCAUCAAGGUUAAACUCUUGGUUAAUAAAGAAGGCCGAUAUGUAUGUGAACUCUGCCAGAAGACAUUUAAAACGGCCAGCAUUCUCAAAGCUCACAUGAUCACUCACAGCAGCAGGAAGGACUACGAGUGUAACUUGUGUGGAACAUCUUUCAGAACUAAAGGGUCAUUAAUCCGGCACCAUCGCCGUCACACAGAUGAGCGUCCUUACAAGUGCAAGAAGUGUGGGAAAAGUUUCCGAGAAUCAGGAGCCUUGACCCGGCACUUGAAGUCCUUGACACCCUGCACAGAGAAAAUCCGCUUCAAUUUGAACAAGGAAAUUGUUGUUAGCAAAGAGGAUAUAGCUGCAGGCCCCAACAACUCCAGCUCAGAAACCAUUUCCUCCCUCGCAUCUCAGUCUGUGGAGUCUUCACCUGUAAUCCAUCUAGUGACAGACGCAAAAGGGAAUGUCCUCCAUGAGGUCCAUGUCCAGAUGCAGGAGCUUCCAAUCUCAGAUGCGAAAACAUUAGACCAUGAGUCGACAAAUCCUGAGGAGCUUGCUUCUGACGGAAAUGACAAGAACUUGUUGAGAGAAGCAAUGAGGAAUUCUGGGAUUGUAAUAGAAAGGGCAUCCAUGGAGGAAGACACCACAUCAGACGAAGCAGAUACAUCUGCUACUGCAGAGGCGCUAAAGAGCGAAGAGGUGGACACAUCCGAGAAGUUGUGUGGAGAGCAGUAUGUCGAGAUAGCGCAAAUAGAAGCUCCAGAUGCAGAAAUGACUAGUGAAUGCAAGCGUCACGUGUGUCCCUACUGCAGUGAAAUCUUCAGAGAGCACAGUUCCCUUGACCUCCACAUCAGUGGACAUUUAGACUACAAACCUUUUACGUGUGAGGAGUGUGGCAAAGAAUUCACCAAAGGCUACUUGCUGAAAAAGCAUCAAGAAGUUCACGUGAACGAACGGCGGUUCCGCUGUGGGGAAUGCGGCAAGCUAUACAAGACGAUUGCACAUGUGAAGGGGCACCGGAGGGUGCACUCUGAUGAGCGACCUUAUCCUUGCCCCAAGUGUGGCAAGAGGUACAAAACAAAGAAUGCCCAGCAGGUCCAUUUCCGAACCCACCUUGAUGAGAAACCUUACGUCUGCCAGUUCUGUAACCAGGGGUUUCGGGAAAAAGGUUCUCUAGUCCGUCACAUCCGUCACCACACAGGUGAGAAGCCUUUCAAGUGCUACAAAUGUGGACGUGGCUUUGCAGAGCAUGGCACUCUCAACAGACACCUGAGGACCAAGGGUGGUUGCCUCCUUGCCUUGAAAGAAGCUGAAGAGGCGGCAGUGUCAGAAGACAGCCAGUCAGCUGACAGCUUGGCUGCAACUGUAAUUUCUGAAGACCCCCCGACAGUCCUGGUGGAAUUUUCUUCAGUUGUGGCAGAUACGCAAGAGUAUAUAAUUGAGACAGCUACUGAAGACAUGGAGACCAGUGAAGCAGCUGAAAUAAUAGAAGGAACAAGACAUGAGGUGGACAGUCACAUAAUGAAGGUUGUUCAGCAGAUCGUGAACCAAGCGAAUUCUGGCCAUCAGAUAAUUGUCCAAAAUGUCACUGUGGCAGAAAGUUCGGCUGUGACACCAGACGGUACAGAUACAGACACAAUUGCCAUAGCAGCUCCCGAGAUUCUCACCGAGCAAGUUGCUAUGACACUGGCUUCGGCCAUUGGUGAAGGGACUGUGCUGGCGACGGAGGGCACCAGUGAGGCCGAGGAGGCGACUGUGACUAUGGUGGCAUCUCAAGACAUUGAAAUAAUGGAGCACACAGGAGAGUUUGUCAUUGCCUCCCAGGAGGAGGAGCUGGAGGUUCAGACAGUGAUUGUCUAGCACCACCUGUAGCCUCCUAGGAGUUGCAAUGAGAGGAAGAGCCAUAGCUGCACUUAAUCUUGGGGGACUGCUUUGUGCACUGUCUGUGACACGAACAGGGAAGAGGCUCAGAGAGGCCCGUGCUGGCUGUGCAUGUUCACUUGGUGUCCCAUAAAACAGCCUUAAGGGCCAAUGCAUAUGCUGAUGCGCCUAAGGGAAGAGAGAGAGCUGAGCUCUUGGGAUGUGCCUUACUGCGGCAAAGGGCUUGGUCGCUCUUGACAGACUUCUCGCCAGCUGCCAGGCAGUUGCCAAACAAAGCACUUUAUCUUGGUUUAGAGGGGAAAAAAGGGGGCUAACUAUCCUAGUGAGAAGCUUCUUAUGGGACACUCCACUGCCCCCAAAAUAUGUGCAGGUGUCCAGAAAGGUUUCAAAAUGCUUUAGAACACUGCAGGUUAUUCUACGGAAUAUCCGGGAAGUGCUACAAAAGGGCCACACAUUGUAUAUUUCUUUUGUAACCAUGUAGCUUUUAAUGGUAUAUUGUACAAUUUAGCUUGUACAUAAUGUUUUAAAUGCAUAUUUUUUUACAUAAUUCAGAUGUAAUAAAAAGAGUGCUAUCAACUA